CGUCGGUGAGAAAAAUCAAUCGCGCGAUUCCCGCCUCCGUCGGUCGUCAAGGCAACACGUAAACAGUGGGGAGACUCGAGCCGAUUCACUCGUCUGUGCAUUUCGUUCGUUGUGUUGUGAUUUUUCUGGUUCUUGGAGAUGGCGGAUGAAGCAGCCCCCGGGGCGCCAGUGGAGAAGAUUGUGCACACGUACCCGCUGAUUCGACACACGGACAUGAACGAAGAGAUGCGAAUAGAGGCCCUCGAGCUGUCCGUGACGGCGUGCGAGAAGUUCGCCAACAACAACGAGCUGGCGGCGCGCAUGGUCAAGGAGACGAUGGACAAGAAGUUCGGCCCCGCCUUCCAUGUGGUGGUGGGCGAGAGCUACGGCUUCGAGAUCACGUACGAGUGUACCACCAUCUGUUAUAUAUACUUUGGGGGGAACCAGGCGGUUAUGAUGUGGAAGUGCUCUUAGGACUGUUGUCUGCGACACACGUAUAAUAAAGGUAGAGUUAAACCAAUCCUAAAACGAACACGUAAGCUGCCGAAGGUGCGGUUUGCAAUCCUGAUACAACUGCCUAGUAUGAAUUUUUUGUACAAUUUAAACCAGACAACAAACCCUAAAGUAACCCUGGACUGUCGUCUAUUUAAGUGUGGAUUUAGAGUCAGUCUAAGCUAAAUGUGGGAGUGUCAUAAAAGUCAUAUUUUCAUAGAAUUUUGACAUUAAUUAUGACAUCCCCUCACUUUGUCAUUGCAAAUAACAUGCGGAGUUAGCUUUAGUCCGACUGAAUUCUACUUAUGGGUCCAUGUAACGGUGCGUCAGUCGGUAUUUUUUCUUAAUUCUAAUUUUAAGUUGGGUAGUCAAAAGGGUAGAACUUUUGAGGCCAGUUUUUUGCGGCAGACGCUGACGCACUGACGUUUAAGCACCGACAUAAACACAUAUUACUUCUUUUGUGUUUAACAUAGAGUAAAAAUAAUGGCACCACAUCGGUGUUAAUAUUAGCCAGCAAACAAUCGUUAAGAUGUUUAGCUGUAAAGAUACCUAAAACUAACAAUGGUAGGUAAAAUAGGAUUAGGUAGUAUAGUAAGAUUUGUAUCUUUGCCUCGACUGACGAUUACAUGUGAUCUGAGGCUAUCUCAUCUACUGGACGAGGUGUGUAUGUGUAUACUAUUUUUCUGUCCGAUGGAGCUGAAAGCGGCAAGUUCGUUUGCAGCGGGCUGAAUUUUGACACUUUCCGGGCGGAGAACAGAAUAAUAUAUUUUCUGUAACAAUGUAUACUUAUUUUUAGUUGUACCUUUGAUUACCUCGAAGUAGCGCCGUUAACCGCCGUAGUCUGAUAUGUAAGACACAAUAUCCAGCUCAUUUCGCCGCAGACUAAUAAGACAAAAAUUCGUGUUAAUUCGCACCGGCGGCAACACGAGCACGAAAAAUUCUAAGCGGUUAAAAGGUUAAGGCUAUUAUACAAGUAAUAUCUCGAGACGAAAUGUCUGGAACGUCGGUGCAUUCGUAUGUAAAUCCGAGCCGCCUCAAACACGAGUACUUAUAGCCUGUAUUGUAUUAGCAUAAGUCUGGGCAAAUGACUGCGGUAACAUUGUUUUCUUUUGGUUAUUUCUGUGGGACACGCUCUGAAUACUGCAAAGAAAUUUGUUCUGGAAAGAACAGGUUAAAUAUAUUUUUCAACAAGCUUAAAGACAUGAUCUCAACCGAUCACACAAAUUGGUACCUAUUUAGUAGUCCAAAUUUUAGUCUAUGUUACUUCUAUAACUGAUAGUGAUACGAAUCUACAUUAUCGGAGCCCAACCAACGAUUGGAACAAAUGUGCUUUCAUACAAAAUAAGCCAAUGACUGGUACUUCUCAGAACCAAUUAUAUCGUUAGUUUACCCUACAUACUUAGUCAUUCCUCUUCUCUUAUACCUUUGUCGCAGUGACUCGCAAUGUGAAAUUCGCUAGGGAUCUCGUAUUAUUGUCACUGUGACACAGUACGUAAACUCCUUGGCCGUACAUUUAAAGAAAUCAAUAAUGUAGACAGGUACAAAUAACUACUUUCGUAAAGCUAAAUGAUAGUUCUGCGCCGAAAGCACUGGAUAUGCUAAUAAUCUGAUUACUUACUUUGAUAUUUUCCCUUGCGCCCUUGCUCUAUCUCUAAAACCCAUUUAUUUGAGCCAACCUUACGAGUCGUUACGAAUGAUACGGUAUGCAAUUUGCUUGCCGUACCCUGUAGGUAGAACAUGUAGGUAACCAGAACUUUAUUGCUUUCAACUUGGUGUACCUGUAAGUAGGCACAAAUUAACGGAAUAAAAAUAGCAGAAUCAAUCUUAUUUUUAGAGCCAUAAGAGCGUGUCAUGGGUCAUAUUCUCAUAUUUGCGCGCUUGGUUGUGCAAGGUAUUAUUGCAAAUUACUGUGCUUAAGCAAAUGUUCAUUUGCAUAAACUGAAUUAAUACUUAAUUAAAUUCUACAAUUAUUAUAUUGCAUUACCCAGGUAUGGUCCGCAAUGAUGUAGGCGGUAAAUAAAUUAUACGUGCUCACCAUUAUGAGAUCAUCCAAAUUUAGGAAAUGCCAUAUUAAUAAGAUACUCGAUAUUUUAACACUAACAAAUGUAUUCCGUUUAGCAUCGUGCGUAUUUUGUUACUAAAUUGACGAUAUUGAGCCUUGUUCACUUAUAAUAAGGUCAAAAUUCAAUUGGAAUAUUUUGUUCACAAGAGCUAGAGCAAGGAACAGAUUUGAUGAAUGCUAGCAAACUUCGUAAUUAUCACAAACCAUUAUUGUAAUAGCUCUAUAACCGUCGAGCGACCUUCAGAGCUCUGUCCGAGAACCGUGGGCAGCGCAGCGUUUCCCAUGACUUACCUCACCGAUCGCCGAACGCGCCACAAUAAGGGCGACCUUGAAAGACGAGGCAAUUACAUAAAGUAGAAGAAUAUAGUUAUACUGGACGUCUUGAGGUGAUUCGUUUGAAGACAUGAGAAUUUUCCCCCAGCUUCCAUUGUCCAUUGAGUCAUAUCAUGCCGCCAGAAAUAAUUAUGAAUAGGAAAACCAACAUUAAACAAUUAACUUAAUCCUUACAACAUAACGUCUGUUUUCGCUUGAAAUGUUUUUUGCUUGUUGUAUAAGUACUGGGCAGUUUUUACAAAUAUUUUGUCAAUUAUACGUACUUUUUGUAAUCGUUAUGAUAUUCUAGGACAAGGUACGAGAACGUACAAAUUGAGGCCAUAACGAGAGAUGCAUUUUUUGCAUGACAUUAUUUAAUAGGUACCUAUAUGUAUUAAUAUAUUAACUCUCAUAUUUAUGCGAGUGAUGGUGUUGAAUAUUUUAUAAUUAUUUUGUAAAUCUACAAAUAAAUCACUAUGUUUUGUAAAA